AUGCAGAAGGAAGAGGCGGUGGGUACGAACCUGGGGGUGCUGGGGGUCCCUGCACAGCACUGCAGAGGGGUGGGCAAGGGGCUGCCCCUGGCCGCCGGCCCGGCCGGACGCUGGCUCUCUGCCUUGCCUCUGCGCUUCCUCCUGUACAUGCAAAGGGCGACCAAGAGGCCGAGGAGGAGGAGGAAGCAGAGCACUACAGCUGCAGCCACCAUGCCAGCGCUCACCCGGCCCUGCAUCGUAUCCGAACGCGGUCCCCUCGGCCCCGUGAAGUGGCUGAAGGGCUGGGGCAGUGGCAACGAGACCGUUUAUGAGCAGACGGGCUCCUUCCCCCGCGUGACGAGGGCGGUGGCAGAGUCCAGCACAGACUUCAGCAUCCACAUCAGGGACGUUCAGCCCGAGGAUGCCGGCACCUAUUACUGCGUGAAGUUCAGCAAAUCGCUGACUGGAGCUGAUGAGGUGUUUCGGCGUGGGAAGGGCACGGAGGUGUCCGUACACGCCAAACCCACCCCGCCGGUCGUGUCCGGGCCCGGCCGCAGAGCGGGGCCGGGGACAUCGGUGUCUUUCACCUGCACGGCCGGAGGGUUCUUCCCCAAAGACAUCGGCGUGAAAUGGUUCAAGGACGAGGCCCUGAUCUCGGCUCAGCCGCCCCAGGUCACCCCUGGGCGGACGGAAUCCUCCUACGACAUGUCCAGCACCGUGACGGUGACGCUGCAGGAGUCCGACGUCCGCUCGCGGCUGGCCUGCGAGGUGCAGCACCCCACGCUGACGGCCCCGCUGAGGGGGGGGUACCAGCUCAGCAAAGCCCUGGGAGGGGAGGUUUCCCCCAGUGUCCGCGUGGUCGCUGAGCCGUCGAGCCCCGUUGUGCUGAACAAGACCGUGAACUUCACCUGCCACGUGACGGGGUUUUACCCGGGAGAUGUGGCCGUCACCUGGCUGGAGAACGGGACGGAGCUGAAGGUGGAGAGCAUCCCCCGGCCGGUGGAGACCCCGCGGGGCUUGUUCGAGCUGAGGAGCCUGGUGGAGGUGCAAGCGACGGAGGAGAAGGCCGGGGCCGUGUUCACCUGCCGCGUGGUGCACGAUGGCCAGGACCCCAUCAGCGGGACGGCCGUCCUGCGGGUCACUGCCCCAGGCGGGGGGACACAGAGCGACCAGUCCCAGCCAGCCCGUGGUGACCUUUUCAUUCAUGUUCCAGGCAGUUUGGACGUCAUCUACGUCGUGGUGGGAGUGGUCUGCACCGUGCUGGCACUGCUGGUGGCUGCGAUU